UAGUACGAGAGAGAGAGAGAGAGAGAGAGAGAGAGAGAGAGGUGGGUAAUGGGGUUAAUAAGGAACCAAGUGAAGGGUCAUUUAAUGAGGGAGUCCGGAUUAUGGGGGUAACAGCAAGAAAGCUGUAGUGUCAGUGUGGCGUGCAUGACUGAGCAAGUGUAAUGGUGAGUGUUAAUGCUCCCAAAAUUGAGUGAAUAUCAUCCAACUUUUUCAGGGAAAUCAUAGAGGAAAGAAAAGUGGGUGAGUAAAGGAAAGGGAAAGGGAAAAUAUUGUGCUUUGAGAAAGUGGUAGUGUUGGUACUAACGAGACUGUUAAAACAUUUGGUUACAGCUUGGCUUUUACUAUAAUAUGUGUUAUUUGGGUGGGCUCUGUGGUUGUACUUGAGGUUUUCGACGCAGAGACUGUGAGAACCAGCUCAUUUUCUGAUGGCUGCUUAAGCUUUUGGGUUGUUUCGUUAGCUUUUGGUCCUGUUUUUUUUGUGCUGCCGAGUUGAUCAGCCCUCCAGACUUAUUAAAGUUCUCAUGGACAGUCUUAAUGGCAGUGUCACUGCUCCGCUGAAUUCUUUCUGAUUCUUGACGCAAAAAGAUUGGAAUGCUGGUGUAAGAUUUUGUUUUUUCAAACUUCAACGGUUGAAAAAAAUCAUAUAUAAAGUUGAUUUUUUUUGGGUUUGGAACUUGAAGUUUUAAAGUCCACAAGACGCAUUGGUGGGGUGAAUCCUUAAAAAAAUGGAAAACAAAGGAACAAAGUGAUCAGGAAGAGAAAAGAAAUAGUGGGAGGAGUGAGGUGGAGUCAGAUUUGUGCUUGUGGUGUCACUGGUUUGAGAAUUAUUUUAGUCUUAGGACUCUGUUGGCUAUGUCUCCUGGGCUGACUAGGUGCGCCCGGGCUCCGUGGGCUUUGCCGCCGACCAAGGAAACAGCCUCUUCUCUGGCUCUCUUGGCAUUCAAGAGAACCUUUUCUUAAAAAAUUGCACAACCCCAUCUUGCGGUUCCCUUUAUCUCUUUCUCUCUCUUACUCGGACUCUUUUGCCUCGGUUGCUGUCAAAGAUUCGCUCUCAUACCCCCACAAGCAUAUAUCCUUCCCCCUCUUUGAGAUACUUCUUUUCUUUCUUGGAGAUCAGGAACUUGGUUGCAUUCAGAAAUUCUGGUCCCCACACUUAGGCGUAUUUCUUUCCAUUUCUGGGGAGAUUUCCUCGAUCGUGGGGUUUAUGAACGUUCACUGAGGAUGUGUGGUAGUGUCUAGUACUAAUCGGUUGAGUGUUGGAGAAGGCUGGUUUGAAGGUAUAAGGGCUGAAACUGAUCUUUUUGCUUUCAAAGAUGAAGUUCAUGAAACUUGGAUCGAAGCCGGAUUCCUUUCAGACUGAUGGGAACAAUGUCAGGUAUGUGUCAAGUGACUUGUCAACAGACAUUGUUCUCAUUGUAGGGGAUGUGAAAUUCUAUCUUCAUAAGUUUCCUCUACUGUCAAAGAGUGCCCGCCUGCAGAAGCUGGUCGCAACCACUAAUGAAGAGAACACAGAUGAAGUUCACAUUUCUGACAUUCCCGGUGGCCCUGCUGCCUUUGAGAUAUGUGCGAAGUUUUGUUAUGGCAUGACGGUCACCCUCAAUGCUUACAAUGUUGUUGCAGCUCGAUGUGCAGCUGAGUACCUAGAAAUGAAUGAGACCAUGGAGAGAGGAAACCUCAUUUACAAGAUUGACGUCUUUCUUAGCUCUAGCAUUUUCCGCAGCUGGAAAGACUCAAUCAUUGCCCUUCAGACUACGAAGUUUCUGUUACCAUUAUCUGAGGACUUGAAGGUGGUCAGCAGUUGCAUUGAAUCUAUAGCUACCAAGGCCUGUGUUGAUGUUUCCAAGGUUGACUGGUCCUAUACCUAUAACCGGAAGAAGCUACCAGAGGAAAAUGGGAAUGAUCUGAACUGCAAUGGUGUCAGAAAUCGUCUAGUGCCAAAUGACUGGUGGGUUGAGGAUUUGUGUGAGCUUGAAAACGAUCUAUAUAAGCGUGUUCUAAUGAAUAUUAAAAACAAAGGGAUAGUUUCUAAUGAUGUGAUUGGAGAAGCCUUAAAGGCCUAUGCUUAUAGAAGGUUGCAUGGAUUCAGCAAGGGUACGAUUCAGUCUGGAGAUAUGGUAAAGCAUCGGUCAAUAGUAGAUGCAAUAGUGUGGCUGUUGCCUGCAGAGAAAGGCAGUGUCUCUUGUAGUUUCUUGCUCAAGUUGUUGAAAGCUUCCAUUUCUCUGGACUUGGGGGAGAUGGCUAAGGGCGAGCUGGUGAGGAGACUAGGACAGCAACUGGAGGAGGCUUCUGUACAUGAUCUUUUGAUACGAGCACCAGAAGAUGGUGCUACAAUGUAUGAUGUUAAUACAGUACAGAAAAUAGUACAAGAGUUCCUAAUGCAAGAUCAGAAUGCUGAGAUUGAAUCACUAGAAACAAGGCAUGAGCUUCUGGGGACAAGAAGGCCAGGGAUUUUAUCAGAUGCUUCAAAGCUGAUGGUGGCAAAACUGAUAGAUGGAUACCUUGCUGAAAUUUCUAAGGAUCCCAAUCUACCCUUAUCGAAUUUUGUUGAUCUUGCUGAGAUGGUGUCUGGUAUCUCUAGGCCUGCUCAUGACGGGCUUUACCGCGCCAUUGACAUGUAUCUAAAGGAGCACCCGGGGAUCAGCAAGAGCGAGAGGAAAAGGAUAUGCAAGCUGAUGGACUGCAAGAAGCUAUCAGUUGAUGCGUGCAUGCAUGCCGUGCAGAAUGAGAGACUCCCAUUGCGUGUAGUUGUGCAGGUGCUCUUUUUCGAGCAGGUUAGGGCUGCUGCAUCAUCCGGCAGCAGCACGCCUGACCUACCCAAAGGCAUUAAGGAUCUAAAUGGUGGCUCUCAUGGGAGCUCAAGGUCAGCAACAACUAACACCGAGGAAGAAUGGGAUGCAGUAGCCACCGCUGAGGAGCUCAAGGCCCUAAAGGGGGAGCUAGCUGCUUUAAGGUUGGGCAAUGGAGUUGGAGUUAGUGAGAGAAAUGGAGAUGGUAAAAGUAAUGUAGACAAAGCUGCCAUUAGUAAAAUGAAAGGGCUGCUUAAGUCAAAGAAUAUCUUUUCAAAGCUUUGGUCUAGCAAAGGGGGGCAAGGUGAGAAUAGUGGCUCAGAUUCAUCUGAUAGUCUUGGUUCUGCAAACCCUGAAGAAGUUAAAUCAACACCUUCCAGAAAUAGGAGACACUCAGUAUCUUAGAAAUGACAGACUUAGUAUUGGUGGGCUCUUUUUGGGCUUUUUGCCUUCUUAAUGACAUUAGCAACUUCAAAAGUAGUGCUUAUCGUUUAAUUUAGCAAAAAUGAAGUGCAUAUAGUUUUUGGAUGAAGAGUUUAGAGUUGAUUUUGCUGAGAAUUUUACAGUUACUGAGAAACUUACCACUUGAGGGAAUAAAAAGGCAGGGUACUUGUAUAUAAUAAGACAAAUGCCCAAAGAGGUAGAGCUCUUGCCAUAUAUGGUGUCUGCCCAUCAGUCUUAACAGGUUAUUUUCUCUCACAAUGCAGGGCCAUUCAUCUCUUUGAGCUACAUAA